UAUAAAGAAGCUAAAAGAAGAAAUAAAGAAUUCCUGCAGGCCAUCUUCCCAGACAUAGCAGUCUUAUGACCUUGGCAUCCGCAGACCCCAUGGGAAAGCCCCACACUUGCUGUCUGAGAGGGCAUAGGGCCCAGCCGUGAAGGAAAAGACAUGGCGUCUCACGCGCCAACAUUUGGCCACUGAAACUGUGGCUGAGGCUUCGCUCUGCUCCUGUGAGGGUGCCAGGGUGCAGGCCAGUCUUGCCACUCUGCAACCAUCUUCAUGGCAAGUGGCUCACGUCAGCCCUGAGACUGGCAUGUUAGCAUCUGUCUUGCAUUUGUUCCACAGACAUUCAUAGGGGUUCACCCAGGGCCAGGCCAGUGCUGGACCCUGGAGGCCCAGAGAUGGGUCAGAUGAGCCCUGUCCUCCAGAUGCUCCCAGUCUGAUGGGGAGGCAGGCGCACACAUUGAUGACAACACAGGGUGAAGAGGGUUCGCGGAGGGCUGUGCGAAGACCUGCCUGUGGCUCAGGGGAGGCUCCCCAGAGGAGUGCCUGAGCAGUGAUGGGAGAAAGAGGUGAUUCAUGGCAGACUCUGUGACUGGAGGCUGGGAGAAUCGGAGCACAGGACAGGAUGAUGGGCCGGCAGCUGGGCUGUGAGGGGCAGGAAUCUAACUGCAUUAGGUCCCAGGCUCCGUACCAGACACUUGUCAUCUCUUUAAUCCUCAUGGCAGAGAAAGUGGGGCAUUCGGCUUGUGAGCGGGAACUUCUCGGUCGCGCACAGAGAAAGAAUGAUUUAAAAAUGGGUGAUGUUGAGAAGGGCAAGAAGAUUUUUGUUCAGAGGUGUGCCCAGUGCCAUACUGUGGGAAAGGGAGGCAAGCACAAGCCCGGGCCAAACCUCCAUGGUCUGUUUGGACAAAAGACGGGUCAGGCUGCUGGAUUCUCUUACACAGAUGCCAACAAGAACAAGGGUAUCACCUGGGAAGAGGAGAGGCUGAUGGAGUACUUGGAGAAUCCCAAGAAGUACAUCCCUGGAACAAAGAUGAUCUUUCCUGGCAUUAAGAAGAAGGGAGAGAGGGAGGACUUGAUAGCUUAUCUCAAAAAAGCUACCAAUGAGUAAAAAAAAAAAAAAAAAAAUCCUCAUAGCAGUCCUGAGAUAGGUGCUCUUCUGCAGAGGUCUAUUUUUUUUUUUUUCAAACCAGUGAAGAAACCAAGGCUCUGAGAGGUGAAAGAAUUUGCCCGGAUCAUAGGGCUGAGGGUUUACCCCGAGAUCUGCAUGGCCCGUGGUAGUCCAGGAAGCAUUCCUUGCAGUAGUGUGGUGUGCAGUGGCUGUCACUACAGCUAGUGGAAACUCGGACUGCACUCACAGAGACCUACAAAGGAUAGAGGUGAACACCUCACUGUGGGGGUCAGGCACUAACCUGCACAGCGCUGACCUUAAAGAGACCUAGAGCCAGGAAACAGGUUUGGAGAGGGGGAGUCGACGGAACAGGGGCCUCUUGGAGGCUCACUUUUAUUGCCUGGCUCUCUGGGCCAGCACUGUGCCAGGCACUGAGGUAUAGUAUCUCAUUUAGUCUAGAGAAGAGCAGGCUCAGGAUCCAAGCCAGGGUCCUCAGAUAUCUGCAAGGUGGCCCUGGGGCAGAGGAAGCAGCCCAGAGGGCAGGGCCGGGAUGGGGGUGGUGGGCAGAGCUUUGGUUGGAGCAGGUUUCAGGUCACUGUGAGAUGAGAAGCCCUCCCUGGCAAGGGGAGUCAGCUUGUAACACAGAAGACUUCUUGGGAAGUAGUGGGCUUAUAGUUCAGUCGCCAAGUCAUGUCUGACUUUUUGCGACCCCAUGGACUGCAGCCAGGCUUCCCUGAGCCUCACCGUCUCCCAGAGUUUGCUGAAAUUCAUGUCCACUGAAUC